AUUAUGUCAUUUGCACAUUUAAUGUGUUUUGCUUUUGUUUUAAAAGGUAUUUAUUCUAAAAUACUUUACUUUUUCAUAGAUUCAUAACUAUAUAUUAUAACUAUAUAUUCUAUUUAAAUAACUGUUUAUAUAAUAUUCAGUGGGUAUUAUUUAUUUUCAUUUCCUUAUAAGAGUUUAGAUAUUUUUGGAGUUUUGAAUAGCAAAUAUGUACACCUGCUCAGAUGAUCUUUAAAUCUGUUUACUGCUAUAAGAGGUUGUUUUUUUGUCUCACAGCUAACAGACUGUUGCAUAUAACCUGCUCUCAUUCUCACUCACCUCACAUUAUCAGUCUAAUUAUCAGCAGUUGACCCACAAUGAUCUUGUCCUGUAACGGGCUGCUUUCACAGGAACGUGUCACAUUUUGAGCGAGUUUGUAACAACAUGCAGCAAAGUUAAUUUGUCAUUGAAACAAUUGUUUGUUGUUUAGUUUCAAUGAUGCCUUAAUUUAGUUUCAAACACAGGAGAUAAAAGGGCUGCAAGUUUUUUGAGUAUGUUAUCCUAAAUACUCCUAUUCAUCAUUUCUCCUUGACAUAAAUAUGCAUAUUAUCUCAAUUUCAUGUGAAGCACCAGCACAGCUGAGAAACAUAAUGACUCAGCAGACAGACACCAGAAAAGAUCUGAUCCCGCGUGUUUGUAGUUCUGCUCCAGGGUCACACCAGCCUGUGGGAUUCCAGCUCUGGCCUCUGAUGCUAGUUCAGUAACAGUCUGGAUCAUCGAACGCAGACGAGGAAGCAGUCCAGCAGCUGCUCCUCAGAGCAGUUGAUAUGGUGGCUGGAGAGCAUCAGACACUGCUAGAAGGCAGAAAUCGAGUACGUCGUGUCUCCCGGACUUCUCCUCUAAAUCAGGGACCACAGAAGAAGUCUCGCAAGAAGCUUCAAGCUGUCAUCUGUGUUCUGCUUGUAGAGCUGUGUGAAAGGUUUACGUUCUUUGGGAUUGUGUGUAACAUGAUUCUCUUUUGCACCGUGAAACUGGGCUACGGAAACUUUCUGGCUGCGACAAUCAACCUGUGCUUCAUAGGAACCAGCACCCUGACGCCAGUUCUGGUUGGCUGGUUUGCAGAGACCUGCUUAGGACGGACUAAAGUGCUUUACUUGUGUGCUCUUCUUCAUUUUUGUGGCACAGCCAUGCUGCCUGUGGUUGCAUUUCCAUUUGAAGAUUUCUACAUCGAUACUCAUCACAUGACCCACAAGCUGCAGCCUCUGGAGCAGCAGAUCCUGUUCUACACAGGUCUCCUGGCUGCUGCACUGGGCAUCGGUGGCAUCAGGGCCAUCCUCUGUCCUAUGGGAGCCUACAGCUUGCAGAGCUACAACAAGCACCAGCUCCUGUCCUUCUUCAACUGGUUUUACUGGCUGGUUAAUCUGAAUUCCUCUGUUGUGUUUCUGGGUAUCGCCUACAUCCAGCAGUCAGUGGCUCAAAAUCUGGGCUUUCUCAUCCCCUUCACCUCUGUGCUGCUAGCUCUCAUCGCCAUACACAUGACUCGCAACAAACUCACCUAUAAACCCAAGAAAGGUGGAUCUUUGUUGACCACUCUGGGAGUUUUCCUAAACUCUCUCAGAAUGGGCUGCCUUCACUACCGCCACCUGAGUGGGGACGUUGGUUCUUGGCUGGACCGAGCGAAAGAAAACCACGGCGGUCGAUACAGCGAGGUGCACGUGGAGAACGUCAAGGUCCUGGCAAAGCUCUUCCCUCUUUAUGGGCUUCAGCUGCUUUACAGAGCCUGCAUCACUCAGAUUCCUUCAGGUUACUACAUACAGACCAUGAACUCCAACCUCCAUCUGACUGACCUGCUGCUGCCCAUUGCAGCCAUGAACGUUGUUAGCAUCCUGCCUUUGCUGCUCUUAGCUCCUCUGAUUGAAUUUGUGACGACCUGCUUCCUCUCCAUGGACAAAAUCCCUCUGGCUCCUGCAAAAGUCAUAACUCUGGGCCAUCUGUGUGCUGCGCUGUCUGUCCUGGUGGCAGGUUUGUCGGAGCUGCACAGAAAGACGUAUCCCCUGGUGGAGCAGACUAUGUCUGGGAAGGUUCUGCAUGUGUCGUCCAUGCCAUGUUUCCAGCUGGCACCUCAGUACAUCCUUCUGGGUGUAGCCGAGGCUCUUGUCACACCCGCAUGCUCACUCAUUUCCUUCCAGCUGACCCCGAGCCACAUCAGAGGAAUAUCCCUGCAUUUCCUCACUCUGUCCUACGGAGGGGGCUGUUUUCUUGGAGCUUUCAUCAUUCUGCUGGUGUACUACUUUUCUGGAGGUAACUUUUACCCAAGCACACUGCAAGAUGGGAAUCUGGAGAGAUUCUUCUUCUUCCUGGCCUCCCUGAUGUCCCUAAAUACUCUUGUGUUUUGGAAAGUAUCAGACAGGUAUUUGGACCUGAGUGUUCAGGGGAAAUCGGUGACCAGCAGCUCUCUGACGGAGAAGCUGCUGCAUUACAAGGCCACUCUGCGCUUCUACGAAACAGUAGAACAUCUUCCCACAGACUCUUUUUCAUGAGGGUUUUGUGCAGAGCUGCUCUGUUUGCGGCGCUGGCGCUGCACUUUACCUACAAAAAAUGUCAGAUUUUUUUUUGUUCUUGCUUAUCUGUCAAACCUAGACACAAGAUUCAUUAUCAAAGAUAACACGAGUAAAGUUAAAACGUAGUUUUCAAAAGAUCUGCAAUAUCAAUAAAGUAUUUACAUAUGCUGUGAGCCUGUCGAGGUUGGGUGCAGAGGCUUUGCUGGCCACUCACUGCUGCGAACCCAAAAAACUCCUUGGAGUAAGAGGACUGCAACUGAAGAAAGCCACCAAAACCAUCCUCGAGGCCGCAGAGAGGACCUCGCGGUGGCUGCGGAUCCGCAGGGGCUUU